CUCUGAAACUCAACCCUCCGUUGCAGGCGCUACCUUCCCCCCCAAUUGAAAACCCAUUGUCGGCUUACCUUUUCUUCUUUCUUCUUCAAUCCAACACCCAAUUAAUUCAUACAAUAAAGCACCAUCUAAUCAUAAUUAACUCCUCACUCCUCGUGAUUUGAACCUCUCUCUCAUGGACCACUGUCUCCGUCCCUACCCCAAUUCCUCACCAUUUUCAUAUAUAUGCAUAUACAUACACUCUUUUGUAUCUAUAAGUAGUUAAACCUUUCUGUUUUUAUAUUCAUUUUUGAGUUUUCCCCUUUGUUGGUGAAGUAAUUUCAUGAUGUGCGUUGUGUUUAAUUCACAUUUUUCUUGUGGGGUUCUGUUUUAAGGGCUUUCUUGAAUCAUUUGUUCUGAAGAUUUCAACCACCGGAAAAGAUGUCACGAUGUCUCUGCUGUGUUUUCUUGUUAUUGGUGCCGUUUGCUGUUUGUUUGAAUCAAGAAGGGCGUUAUCUGCAACGUGUGAAGCUUGGAUUUGAUGACCCAGAUGGGUUUUUCUCCGAUUGGGAUGUAGCCGCCAAUAAUGAUUCUCCUUGUCAAUGGACCGGCGUUACUUGUUCGGAAUCUGGAAAUGGUUUUGUUAUCGCUGUCGAUUUAUCAAAUGCCAAUGUUGCUGGUCCGUUUCCGUCGGUUCUUUGCCGGCUCACCGGCCUGAAGUUUAUAUCUUUGUACAACAACUCUAUCAACGGUACACUUUCCGGCGAUAUUUCGGCGUGUCGGAGUCUUGCUCACCUUAAUCUUGCUCAGAAUCUGCUCACGGGUACAAUCCCCCACAGCUUAUCUGAGCUUCCUGAGCUGAAAUUUCUAGAUUUAACAGGGAACAACUUUUCCGGCAACAUUCCGGCCAGUUUCGGCUUGUUUCCGAAGCUUGAAGAGUUGUCUCUGGUUGAUAAUCUCAUCGACGGAAAGAUUCCAGCUGAACUCGGAAACAUUUCGACGUUAAAGCAGCUCAACUUAUCAUACAACCCCUUCUCUCCCGGUCAGAUCCCGCCGGAGAUCGGAAAUCUUACAAACCUCGAGGUUUUAUGGCUCACCGGCUGCAAUUUGAUUGGACCGAUUCCAGACUCGCUGGGUCGACUCAGUAAACUCGUAGAUCUGGACCUUGCCAUCAACCAACUCACCGGUCGGGUACCGAGUUCGCUUACCGGAUUAUCGAAUGUUGUCCAGAUUGAGCUCUACAACAACUCGCUGACCGGUGAGUUGCCGGCGGUGGGGUGGUCGAAGAUGACGUCAUUGCGGUUGCUCGAUAUUUCCAUGAAUUUGUUCACCGGAUCGGUUCCAGAUGAGUUGUGUUCUUUGCAACUCGAAUCACUUCAUCUUUAUGAAAAUGAAUUUGGAGGUAAAUUUCCAGAAAUUAUAUCGAAUUCAAGUAAUCUUAAUGAUUUGAAGUUAUUCGGCAAUCGAUUUUCCGGCAGCCUCCCGAAAGAUUUAGGGAAAAACUCACCGUUAACGUGGGUAGAUGUUUCGAACAAUCUCUUUUCCGGUGAAAUUCCGGCAACUCUCUGUGAAAAUGGCGUCUUGGAAGAACUGUUAAUGAUACACAACUCGUUUUCGGGUGAAAUUCCGGCUAGUUUUGGCAAAUGUCGGAGCUUGAAACGUGUCCGUUUAGGAUUCAACAAGAUUUCCGGCGAUGUUCCAGCAGGUUUCUGGGCUCUUCCGGAGGUGUCGUUACUUGAGCUUGCUGAAAACUCAUUCACAGGGGUGAUCGGAAAAACCAUCGCCGGAGCUGGGAAUUUGUCGACCCUGAACAUAGCCAAUAACAAGUUUUCCGGUGAGUUGCCGGAUGAGAUUGGGUUUCUGGACAAUUUAAUCGAGUUUUCCGGUAGUAACAAUCGAUUCUCCGGUUCUUUACCGGCUACCAUUGUGAAUCUUGAACAGUUAACCAAGCUUGAUCUCCACAACAAUGGAUUCUCCGGUGGGCUUCCGGCUGGAAUUGAUUCUUUAAAGAAGCUAAACGAGCUUAAUUUGGCUACCAAUCAGUUCUCCGGCGACAUUCCUGAUAAGAUCGGCCAAUUAUCGGUCUUAAACUAUCUUGAUCUUUCGGGAAAUCGCUUUUCCGGCAAAAUCCCGGUUGGGUUGCAGAAUCUCCGCCUCAAUCAGCUCAAUUUAUCGAGUAAUAGUCUCUCGGGUGAUAUCCCUCCGGUUUACGCCAAGAAAAUUUACAUCAAUAGCUUUUUGGGUAAUCCGGGGCUUUGUGGCGACAUCGAGGGCUUAUGUGAUGGGAAAAACGUCACUCGGAACAUGGGUUACAUUUGGUUGCUCCGAUCGAUCUUCGUACUCGCCGGUGUAGUUUUCAUCUUUGGCGUCGGCUGGUUCUAUUUUCGAUACAAGAAUUUCGAGAAUUCGAAACAAACUAUCGACAAAUCGAAAUGGACAUUGAUGUCGUUCCACAAGUUAAGUUUUAGCGAAUACGAAAUCUUGGGUGCGCUUGAUGAGGAUAACGUGAUCGGAAGUGGCUCGUCGGGAAAAGUUUAUAAGGUGGUUUUGAGCAAUGGCGACGCGGUGGCGGUAAAAAAACUUUGGGGCGGUUCGAAAAAGGGCGAGGAUGGGGAUCUCGAGAACGGUUCGGUAUCGGUAUCAGUUCGGGAUAACGGGUUCGAGGCCGAGGUAGAGACGUUAGGGAAGAUACGACAUAAAAACAUCGUACGGCUUUGGUGCUGUUGUUCGACGAAAAUCUGUAAGCUUUUGGUUUACGAGUAUAUGCCGAAUGGAAGUUUGGGUGAUUUGCUUCAUAGUAGUAAGAGCGGGUUGCUCGAUUGGCCGACAAGAUACAAGAUCACGGUGGAUGCUGCCGAGGGGUUGGCGUAUUUGCACCACGAUUGUGUUCCAGCGAUCGUUCAUCGAGAUGUUAAGUCGAAUAACAUUUUAUUGGACGGUGAUUUUGGAGCUCGAGUGGCGGAUUUCGGUUUGGCGAAGGUCGUCGACGGUAACGAUAAGGGUGGUAAAUCGAUGUCGGUUAUUGCCGGUUCGUGUGGUUACAUCGCUCCAGAAUAUGCAUAUACGUUACGUGUGAACGAAAAGAGCGAUAUCUACAGCUUCGGUGUCGUGAUUCUCGAACUCGUGACCGGAAAACUCCCGGUCGACCCCGAGUUCGGAGAAAAGGACUUGGUCAAGUGGGUGUGCACCACAUUGGACCAAAAAGGCCUAGACGUUGUGCUCGACCCGAAACUCGACUCGUGUUUCAAGGAAGAAAUAUGCAAAGUUUUGAAUGUCGGGCUGUUGUGCACGAGCCCACUUCCGAUCAACCGACCAUCGAUGAGAAGGGUCGUGAAGAUGUUACAAGAGAUCGGGUCCGUUAACCCCAUGAAGUUUGGCUCGAAAGACGGGAAAUUAACGCCUUAUUACUACGAUGAUGCAUCGGACCAUGGAAGCGUUGCGUAAAACGGUGGUCGAUAAAUCUUCGGUUUGUCGAUGCAUCGAUGAGUUGUACGGUACAAGCGAGUGAUGCGUGUUGGGUUGGUAGACAUGUGUUUAAUUUUGUGUGGGGAGGGAGAUGAGUUUUGGUUUGUAAAAGAAGGUGCAUUAUGUAAUGAUCUCUUCCAAAUUAGGAAAUAUACAAGUCUUAGUAUCUACAUCUA